UGUAAUCCUGAAACAGACGGACAAUUUUUGAAUUCCUUAGUGCACUAUUUGGGUGACAGCCUUGGGACAAAUGUUAAAACAAUGCCCCUACUAGAAGAAACUACUCUGCCUGUGGAUGUGCCACUGACUUUGCCAAUGGUAGUAAUAGGUAAUGGGCCUUCAGGAAUUUGCCUCUCUUACAUGUUGUCUGGAUACAGGCCUUAUUUGUCUCCUGAAGCUGUACAUCCAAAUCCAAUUUUGCAUAGUAAACUAAAAGAAGCUAGGCAUCUCUCUCUUGUUGAUCAGGAGUUAGAAUACUUGUCUGAAGGCCUAGAAGGACGCUCUUCAAAUCCUGUUGCAGUACUCUUUGACACACUGCUUCAUCCAGAUGCUGACUUUGGAUUUGACUACCCAUCUGUUCUUCACUGGGAGCUAGAAGAGCAGCAUUAUGUUCCUCAUAUGGUCCUUGGCAAAGGACCACCUGGUGGGGCUUGGCAUUCUAUGGAAGGCUCUAUGCUGACCAUCAGUUUUGGAGAUUGGAUGGAAUUACCUGGAUACAAAUUUAAGGACUGGGCUGCUACUAAACGAAGAAAUAUAAAAUGUGACAGAGUUCUGCCAGAAGAAAUUGCUAGCUAUUACAAGCACUAUGUCAAAGUCAUGGGCCUACAGAAGAACUUCAGAGACAACAUUUAUAUUACAUCUGUGUCAAGGCUUUACCGAGAACAGGACCAUGAAAAUGAAAGCCAAGUGAAAGAACAUGUUUCAGAACAGCAUUUCCAAACACAAGAGCAGGAUGGACAGAACCCACCGAUCAAAAGAAACUGGGAAAUCCGAGGUUACCAGAGAGCACCGGAUGGCUCUCAUGUACCAUUUUGUUUGUUUGCUGAGAAUGUGGCUCUUGCUACUGGAACCUUUGAUGCUCCUGGCCGCCUACAAGUUGAAGGAGAAGAUUUUCCCUUUGUCCUCCAUUCCAUGUCUGAUUUUGGAGCUGCUAUAGGCAAAGGAAUAUUAUGUGGAAAAACAGACCCCGUCCUAAUCAUAGGUGGUGGACUCACAGCAGCUGAUGCAGUUCUGUGUGCUUAUAACAACAACCUCCCUAUAAUUCAUGUAUUCCGCAGAAAGGUCACUGACCCAAAUUUAAUUUUCAAACAGUUGCCUAAGAAGCUUUACCCAGAAUACCAGAAGGUCUACCAUAUGAUGUGCACGCAGUCAGUCACAAACAUGGACUCUAAUUUGCAUUCAUCUUAUUUCAGUUUUCCUGAACAUCGGGUACUUUCAUUUCAAUCAGAUAUGAAAUGUGUCCUUCAGAGUGCCACUGGACUGAAGAAGAUCUUAAAGUUCUCUGUAGCCUUAGUAUUAAUAGGUUCUCAUCCUAAUCUAUGCUUCUUAAAGGACCAAGGCCAGGGUAUAGGUCAUAAUCCAAAUCAACCAAUUACAUGCAAAGGUAACCCUAUUGAAAUUGAUCCUUACACAUAUGAGUGCACAAAGGAACCCAAUCUUUUUGCAAUAGGGCCUCUGGUUGGAGAUAAUUUUGUACGUUUUUUAAAGGGAGGGGCACUGGGUAUUGCACGAUACUUGACAAAAAGGCAGAAGCAUCAACUCAUUGUUGAAAGAGGAGGUGACGGAGUGCCCUAA